UUCAUAUUCACUGGUGUGAUUUUUAGCAGUUGUUUUCAAUCAUAUUUUGAGGCAUUGACCAGCUCUCGCCAACUCGUAGGACAAGUGUAACAAUUUCGGGAGGGCAUAAGUGCAAGAUAGUAAAUUACCCGACUCGAAUUCGCAUCGUAAUUAAUACAUUGAUCGAGGCUCGCUAAAUACACGAGAAAAAAUUCAUGAGCGACCUCGAAUUGAUUAUCGAGCACGGUGGAAUUAGAACGAGAAGUGAGUGUCAAGAAUAGAUCUAAGUGACGGACGUAUCAACAAUGCUGUGAUUAAAGGCAAAAAUUUCGUUGCUCGUUGAUUCUGUGGCUCUGGUGAUCUCACGAACUUUUUGAGCAUUUUCUAGAAUUCGAUCUCGGUAAUUGGCAACGAAAUAGUGCAACGUUAAAUAAUAAUUAAUUGAAAGUGAGUAACGAUUGCCAACAUUUUUUAAAGAUUCAAGAAAAAUAAAUCGAAGCGAUAUGGCAGCUGUCGAACAAAGUCUCACUCUCGAAAGAGAUAUCAAGCGAUCGAUCGAGUUGCUCGAAAAAAUACAGAAAAGUGGCGAGGUUCCAGUAACAAAAUUAGCUGCUCUGCAAAAAGUUCUGCAAAGUGACUUUCUCAGUGCUAUUCGAGAAGUCUACGAGCAUAUAUAUGACACAGUCGAUGUGCAAGUGGACUCUCAAGGUUCGCAAGAUCUGCGAGCCUCUGCAACGGCCAAAGCAACAGUUGCAGCAUUCGCAGCCAGCGAAGGCCACGCACACCCUCGCGUGGUCGAGCUGCCGAAGACGGAAGAGGGUCUGGGCUUCAAUGUGAUGGGAGGUUGCGAGCAAAACUCGCCGAUUUACAUUUCUCGCAUCAUACCCGGUGGAGUCGCCGACAGACACGGCGGUCUCAAACGAGGCGAUCAAUUACUAUCGGUCAACGGAAUGUGCGUCGAAGGGGAAAGUCACGAGAAAGCCGUGGAACUGUUGAAGCAGGCGCAAAGUUGCGUGAAACUCGUCGUCCGUUACACUCCAAAAGUUUUAGAAGAAAUGGAAAUGAGAUUUGACAAGCAGAGAACCACGCGUAGACGCUCGCACGUUCAGUAAGAUUAUAACAAGGUCAACUCGUAAGAUAUCCAAUUAAUGUGAUCUAUUAAAUAAUACUAGACUAAAAUCUAUUUACUAUCUGUCGCGGUGAUUAACAAAAUGAUCACUUAAAAUUUUGUUAUCGAUAUUUUUACUCCCUUAAAAAUUAUGUUUGUGUUAUUUGUGUAUGAUUAAUGAAGCCAUUUAGAUAAAUAAACGAAAUAAAAGUCGACGUUCAAAAAUA